CACACCUGAUAGCAUAUUCUGAAUGACUUAUGCAGCGGAAGAACUAGUGUAUGUGCAAAGAUGAGGUUCAGCUGGGGCUUGACUCUCCUGUUGAUUCUGGACAUGGGUCCUCUUAAUGCCUUUUGGUGGACCAGUCAAGGUGUCACAGAUGGCCCCACAGUGGACAAAGACAGUUCUGACAGUGGAAUGACCAGUGAGGACAAGGACAUUGGUGAUGUAGGUUCAGAUAUCAUAGAUGUAGCCAGAGGGAUUCAAGGAUUUGUGCAGAACUGGGACGAGGACCCAACUGUGAAAUGGAAUAGUGCUGUCACCUGGAUACCUGAUAUCUCUUCGAAGGAUGGCCAUUCGAAAAGGGAAGAGAGUGGAGUCUCCCUGCUGCAACUUAUUGGAAGCCCUCCGCCUGAAGACAUCACCCAGGCUCCAGGUCCAAAUAGACAAAUCGCUUACCUCUUUACAAAGGAUACCAAAACGGGGCAGAUGGCACGUGCCCACUUUCCCACUCAUUUCUACCGAGACUUCUCUCUUGUGUUCCACUUGAAGCCCACCUCUGAUGAUGCUGGGGUCCUCUUCUCCAUCACAGACUCCAAUCAAAAUAUCAUGUACGUGGGGGUCAAGCUCUCAGCUGUGGAGGAUGGUAAAAGGAAAGUUAUUUUUUAUUACACAGAGCCUGAUUCAGAUAGAUCUCAAGAGGUGGCCAGCUUUGAGGUGGCACACCAGCCUCAAGUGUGGAGUCGCUUCUCUCUGGCAGUUAAUAUGGACCAAGUGUCUUUCUAUGAGGAUUGUGAUACUGAGCCCAAGGUGGUAAAGUUUGAGCGCUCUCCUGAUGACUUGGAGCUGGAGACAAACUCCAGGAUCUUUGUUGGACAAAGCGGAACUGAUGACCCAGACAAAUAUCAAGGCAUGAUCUCAGAGUUAAGAGUGGUUGGAAACUCACGGGCUGCAGAGCGUCAAUGUGAUGAUGCCGAUGACGAUUACAAUGAUGGUUCUGGAGACAACGGAAGUGGAAUAGAGGACAUAAUGGAUGUAAAACAUAAUUUAGGUGAUCGUGACGAGAAGAGAAUGGAGGGUAGUGGGUCUGGACGUCCUGGCUCCAAAGGUGAUCGUGGGCCUCCAGGACCACCUGGACCGCCUGGACCACCUGGGCCCCAGGGUCCAGUAACAGAAUUGAUAAAAUCAGGGAAUAAAAGCGUGGUGAGGAUGCAGGGUCCAAUGGGCCCAUCAGGUCCAAAAGGCUCAAAGGGGGAGCCAGGUAAACCAGGAGAGAACAGCAAACUUGGCUCUGAAGGACCUCGAGGUUCUCAAGGACUACCAGGUUCUAUAGGACCUAAAGGGCAAAAGGGACAGAAAGGAGAAGGACAUCAAGGCCCUAGAGGUCCACCUGGACCUCCUGGACCUCCUGGACCCUCAAUUUCAGACAAGACUACAUUCGGGGAUAUGGAGGGUUCUGGAUUGCAGGGUUUAUGUUGUCCUUCUGGUCCACCUGGGCCUCCUGGCCCCCCUGGCCCCCCAGGACCAGACUGGGGAACUGGAUCAGAAUUAGAGUCCUCUGAAAUUGGCCCCACUGGUCCUCCUGGACAAAAUGGGACCUUUGGGCGUCCUGGACUUCCAGGUCGACCUGGAAAACCUGGUCCUCCUGGUCCCCCAGGCCAAAAGGGAGACUGUGGUGAGCUAGGGGAAAAGCAAAGCUCCUCCUCUGCUUUCUCUUUUUUCUCCAAUUGGUUUCCUUCCUGGGAGACUAGCGGGCCACAGUCUAAUUCUCUCAGGGCCAACAAAGAGAGUGGAGUCUCCCUGCUGCAACUUAUUGGAAGCCCUCCGCCUGAAGACAUCACCCAGGCUCCAGGUCCAAAUAGACAAAUCGCUUACCUCUUUACAAAGGAUACCAAAACGGGGCAGAUGGCACUUGCCCACUUUCCCACUCAUUUCUACCGAGACUUCUCUCUUGUGUUCCACUUGAAGCCCACCUCUGAUGAUGCUGGGGUCCUCUUCUCCAUCACAGACUCCAAUCAAAAUAUCAUGUACGUGGGGGUCAAGCUCUCAGCUGUGGAGGAUGGUAAAAGGAAAGUUAUUUUUUAUUACACAGAGCCUGAUUCAGAUAGAUCUCAAGAGGUGGCCAGCUUUGAGGUGGCACACCAGCCUCAAGUGUGGAGUCGCUUCUCUCUGGCAGUUAAUAUGGACCAAGUGUCUUUCUAUGAGGAUUGUGAUACUGAGCCCAAGGUGGUAAAGUUUGAGCGCUCUCCUGAUGACUUGGAGCUGGAGACAAACUCCAGGAUCUUUGUUGGACAAAGCGGAACUGAUGACCCAGACAAAUAUCAAGGCAUGAUCUCAGAGUUAAGAGUGGUUGGAAACUCACGGGCUGCAGAGCGUCAAUGUGAUGAUGCCGAUGACGAUUACAAUGAUGGUUCUGGAGACAACGGAAGUGGAAUAGAGGACAUAAUGGAUGUAAAACAUAAUUUAGGUGAUCGUGACGAGAAGAGAAUGGAGGGUAGUGGGUCUGGACGUCCUGGCUCCAAAGGUGAUCGUGGGCCUCCAGGACCACCUGGACCACCUGGACCACCUGGGCCCCAGGGUCCAGUAACAGAAUUGAUAAAAUCAGGGAAUAAAAGCGUGGUGAGGAUGCAGGGUCCAAUGGGCCCAUCAGGUCCAAAAGGCUCAAAGGGGGAGCCAGGUAAACCAGGAGAGAACAGCAAACUUGGCUCUGAAGGACCUCGAGGUUCUCAAGGACUACCAGGUUCUAUAGGACCUAAAGGGCAAAAGGGACAGAAAGGAGAAGGACAUCAAGGCCCUAGAGGUCCACCUGGACCUCCUGGACCUCCUGGACCCUCAAUUUCAGACAAGACUACAUUCGGGGAUAUGGAGGGUUCUGGAUUGCAGGGUUUAUGUUGUCCUUCUGGUCCACCUGGGCCUCCUGGCCCCCCUGGCCCCCCAGGACCAGACUGGGGAACUGGAUCAGAAUUAGAGUCCUCUGAAAUUGGCCCCACUGGUCCUCCUGGACAAAAUGGGACCUUUGGGCGUCCUGGACUUCCAGGUCGACCUGGAAAACCUGGUCCUCCUGGUCCCCCAGGCCAAAAGGGAGACUGUGGUGAGCUAGGGGAAAAGCAAAGCUCCUCCUCUGCUUUCUCUUUUUUCUCCAAUUGGUUUCCUUCCUGGGAGACUAGCGGGCCACAGGGUCCACAGGGUUCAUCAGGGAUCCUAAGACAGGAAGGUCUGACUGGGCUGCCUGGACCCAUGGGACCUCAAGGACCUCAAGGACCUCCAGGGCCCCCUGGACCUGCAUUCCGGAUUACUAGUGAUGGGAAAGAAAAAGAAGUUGCUCUUCAAUACAUUCCAGGAGUCAUGGGCCCACCAGGUCCACAGGGGCCUCAGGGGAGACCUGGACUACCGGGCACACCUGGUUUCCCGGGUAUUCCAGGCCAGAAAGGCGAUGAAGGUCAAAGAGGACGAGAGGGAAUCUCAGGGUUAGAUGGCUUUCCAGGAAAAAUAGGGCUAAAGGGGGAAAGAGGAUGGAAAGGUGACAAAGGAGAUCCUGGUCGUGUGGCAGGACCUCCAGGGCCACCGGGUCCUCCAGGACAAAUUAUCUAUAUUAAUGGCAGUUUUCAGGAGAAGGAAAAAUAUGGAAUUCCUGGACCACAGGGAGAACCUGGUAUAGCUGGUCGGGCAGGGUUUCCUGGACCAAUGGGUCCAAAGGGUGAUCGGGGGGAACCUGGGCUACCAGGAGACUCUAUCAAGGGUCAGAAGGGUGAACCUGGUCUAAUCUAUGACUCCAGUGGUAGCCCCAUUUAUAUGGGAGGGCCUGCUGGACAGCUGGCCGAGCCAGGACUUCCAGGACCACGGGGACCUGUGGGACCAGUGGGGCCACCUGGACCAAAAGGUGAAAUAGGAUUACCAGGCAGAUCAGGUCGACCUGGUCUAAAUGGAAAAAAGGGGGCAAAAGGUGAUUCAGGUGGAGGAUAUGGUAAUGGCUAUCAGGGACCCCCUGGUCCACCUGGUGCACCUGGGCCACCCGGUCCUCCUGGAACUCCAGCCUCUGUGGAAAGAUUUAAUGGUUAUGAUUAUGGAAGCUCAAGAGUUCCCUUUGCUAUCAAAGGGGACAAGGGUGAAAGAGGAGCAUCUGGCAUACCUGGAUUGCCAGGUCUCACUACCACCUUUGACAUUUAUACAUUUAAGCAUGAGAUGAAAGGUGAGCAUGGUGCUAAAGGGGAGAAGGGAGAACCAGGAGGAGGUUUCUACGACCCUCGUCAUGGUGGAUUACAAGGUCCACCUGGAAGACCUGGACCACCGGGUCCUAGAGGUGAAUCUAUUAGAGGACCUCCAGGUCCCCCUGGGCCUUCUGGAGCCCCAGGAAUUGGUUAUGAGGGUCGCCCAGGUAGUCCUGGCCCGCCAGGUCCACCUGGACCACCGGCAUCAUUGCUGCCAGGAACAUACAGACCAUCACAAACAAUCAGUAUUCCUGGGCCACCUGGACCUCCUGGACCUCCUGGAGUCCCUGGAUAUUUAUCUCGGGUUAUGGUUUUGAGGUCUUUUGAUGCCAUGGCUGCAUCAACUAUUCAGCAUCCAGAAGGCACGCUAAUCUAUGUAACAGACAAGAAAGAACUUUUUAUGAGAGAAGAGGAUGGUGUCAGAAAAGUCCUGCUUGGAGAAUAUACCCCUUUCCAACGGGGUCUGGAUAAACAGAUGGAAGCAGGGAAGUCUCCACAAGUGGUUCACUACUCUCAGGACUACCCCACUACCUCUCGCCCAAGAGCCCCUCCACAACCAGAAGCCCAGUAUCCUGUGCCACACAAUCCCAGAUACCAGCCAUCAUAUGACCCAUACCACAGACAUACAGAUCCACAAUCCCUUUCUCCAACUGAUCCACGGUACUCGCCAUCAGUCGACCCAAUUUACCAGCACCAUCUUGAUUCCAGAAAGCACAUUCAUGGCAGCCACCCGGAUCAGUCUGGCUAUCCUGACAGAAGAUAUGAACGUACGCAUCACCUCAGGCCUGUCAUUGAAGAAGCCAGGCUUCCAGCUCACACACACACAGCAGGCCAUGCACUGCACCUGAUUGCUCUCAACUCACCCCAACGGGGUGACAUGCGGGAUAUUAGAGGUGUAGACCACCAGUGCUUCUUACAGGCGCAAGCAAUUGGGCUCAAAGGAACAUUCAGGGCUUUUCUGUCAUCCCGGUUACAGGACCUACACAGUAUUGUUCGGAAGAAUGACAGGGAUCUGUUACCUAUAGUAAAUCUUCAAGAUGAGGAAUUAUUCAGCAACUGGGAGUCUAUCUUUAAUGACUCAGAGGGCAGGUUGAAUGAUGAUGUGCGCAUCUACUCAUUCGACGGUCGAGAUGUUCUCAAUGAUGAUGCCUGGCCAGAGAAGAUGGUAUGGCAUGGAUCAAGCACUGGUGGAAACAGGCAAACAGACAGCUACUGUGAAACAUGGCGAACUGGUAGUCAUGCCGUCACUGGCAUGGCUUCCUCUCUCCAAGAUGGCUACCUAAUUCAGCAGUUGCCACGUGGCUGUGACAGCUCUUUUAUCGUACUGUGCAUUGAGAACAGCUACACUGCUGAGUAAACCAAAAACGUGUGCAAGACCAAAAUUUGUCUUGAGUCACACCACCAACUGUAUGUAUGUUCAUCUACAUGCAUUUUAAAAUUCUGACAAUUUAUUUUGUAUGUAUUAACUGCUGUGUGACAUUCAUCAGUAUA